AUGACACUGGUGGGAUUCGUCCUCGCGUCGGACCCAGUCGAGUCAGCAUCUCCCGCAAGAGAAAGUAUUGAGUUGUCCAUUGUCGUUCUUGAAGACUUUGCUGAGGGCAUGGUGGUGGCAGCAAAGGCUGUGGACGUUGUGCGAAAAGUCAUAGUUAAGUUGGACGAUAUCUUGCAAGCAACGGGAAUGAAUACAAGUUCAACAGGGAACGAGAUUGGGCGUAACUUAGAGGCUUCGACCGAACCCGGUUCACUGAGACCCGGGGCACACGUCAAUUAUACGCCAUUGAGCAUGGAUGUUGAGGUGGAAUUUGCAGACCCUGCCGAUCUGUCGGUUCAAGAUAUCCUUAGCAUGGCUUCGAACGUCGACCAGUAUGCUGAACCGCAUAUGCUUUGGCCUGGUAUAUACAUUUAGAAAUCAUGUAAGUCAGUCUCUUACUUCAAAAGACCUCCAUGAGAGUUGAGGCAUGGCGCAAAUCUUGCACCACCACCUUGGGCCACAUUUGCAAUCGCUACUGU